AUGUUAAAAGAAAGUAGCAGUAACAAAGACUUGGAAAACAUUAUUAAUGAAAAUAAAAACAGUAACAAUGAUACUAGUAACAAAAACGAUAAAUUAACUGCAAGAAAAGAAAUUGUUAAUAGCAGUUCAAGUAGUAGCAGCGCUGCUAGUAUUAUUGAUAGCGGAAAAAAUAAGAUUAAUGGUAAUGUAAAUUUUAAUAGCGGCACUAUUAGCGUUGAUGUUUGUAAAAUUCAAGAUGAUAAAGGCAAGACAGAGAACUCAUUGAAAAGAAAAUGGCAGGAAGAAGAAAAUCAAGAAGGAAAAGACUAUAAUCAUCAUCAAUCUAAGAAGUUUGCAAGAGAAAAUGUGGAAAAGGAAGAGGAAAAAGCAAUUAAUGAUCACGUUGCCGAUGAUAAAAAUGUUAAUGUUAAAGAUGAUUAUAUUAUUGGUGAACAUGAAAUAAUUGCAAUAGGAGUGGAUCUUAGCGAAGAUAAAGUUCCAGAAGAUUAUACAGGAUCUUGUUCGUAA